AGCGCCUGUAAACCUGUGGAUACGUUAUGGAUCUAUGUAUACCAGAAAGAAACAACAGCAGGACAUUCUGUGAUCAUUACAAAAUGAUCUACACAGACUGGGCAAAUCACUAUUUGGCAAAAUCAGGACACAAGCAGCUGAUUAAAGAUCUGCAGCAAGAUGUUUCUGAUGGAGUGCUUUUGGCUGAAAUCAUCCAAGUCAUAGCCAAUGAAAAGCUCGAGGACAUUAACAGCUGCCCAAAGAGCCACUCGCAGAUGAUUGAAAAUAUUGAUACCUGUUUGGCUUUUCUGGCAGCAAAAGGUGUGAACAUACAGGGACUCUCAGCAGAAGAGAUAAGAAAUGGGAAUCUGAAGGCAAUAUUGGGACUGUUUUUUAGUUUAUCACGAUACAAACAGCAACAGCAGCAGUGCACCUCACACAUACAGUUCACUCACACACACACUGCACAUACACACACAGCCUCCUCGCAUGGGACACAGGCCUCAGCAGCACAGAUUCAUCGAGCACAGGCGGAGAUGCAGUCCAGGACUUCCUCUGAGAGCAAACUUCUCAAGUUUUCCAUUGGUCAGAAAAAGACAUCUAGACUUCCUGGCCCUACAUCGAGAGUUUCUGCUGUGUGUGUCGAUUUGUCAUCGCGAGGUUCAGUCAGCUCCGCAGGAAACAGACGCAGCCAGACAUUCAGUGAGAAAAUCAAACCCGCAACCACACAGACCAGAGAAUCAUUAGACGGCAUUGCUUCCCAACCUUCAAACAUGACCGAGCACGCUCCAUCGUCAUUGGCAGCCACCAUCACUAGCACUGUGCCAUCUUCCUCUACUUCCUCUGCCACUUUCUGCUCAGCCAUCCCUCAGCCCAACUCAAGCAGCAAACCCUGGAGGAGCAAAUCUCUGAGUGCCAAAAAUACGUCUACCUCCACUGUUUCCCCACUUAAAGGGGAAGUCCCUUCCAAACAGGCACUUCCCACUGACCCACCUCCCAAAUCCCUGUCACAGAAAUCCAUGUUGGAAAAACUCAAACUGUUCAACAGUAAAAGUGGCUCUAAAUCCUCCACACCUCCAGAGGGUGCUGCCCAAAUGUCACUCAUGUCGGAGAAAGCAGAAGCUCCUGAGCCCCUGGAGGAAGCGAACGGCUACGGAGUGACAAGCAGCAGCCCAAAGAUGGCGCUGAAGGGGAUCGCACAGCGCACCUUUAGUCGAGCGCUAACAGCUAAAAAGGGCUCAGUGAAAAGUGUGGAAAAGGACAGUGAGAAAGAAAAAGAGCGGGCGAAGGAGAAGGACAAAGAUAAAGGAAAGGAGACUUCUAAACGAAUGUUCACUUUUGAAAAGGCAGCAAGUAAAGAAGCAGUAACCACAGAGGAGGUGACUACCAGAAGUGAGGUUAGCAUAGCAGCUACAGAGCCUAAACGAACCUCUAAAAUUGCUAGCCUCAUUCCCAAAGGAGGCAAAACCAGCGCCAAAAAAGAUAGCUCCGCCUCCACGCAUAGCGGAAUCCCUAAACCAGGAAGUAAAAGCACAGCUAAAAGCUCAGGAGUGCCACUCUGUGGCAAAGACAAUGAAAGACCACGUAGCAUGAGGCUCAGCAGUGGAGUCAGUUUCCAUGGAGACAGCCGCCACUCUUCUUCCUCUUCCAGUCUCACGUCUACAGAGGGCAAAGGUCAUCAGAACCACAGCGUAACCUCAGUGGGUAAUGGAGGAACUACACAAUCUACAGCAAGCAACACAGUUAGUGUGCAGCUUCCUCAACCUCAGCAGCAGUACAGCCACCCAAACACAGCCACUGUAGCACCAUUCAUGUAUAGAUCUCAGACAGAUGGGGAUGAGACCAUAGAAACAGGCUCCACAGGACGCACCGGAGAGUCAGGGAGCUUCAGCAAAACCAAUCAGACGUCCGCUGAAGAUUUAUCAGGUGAAGAUCCUGAGACGAGGAGACUCAGGACAGUCAAAAAUAUUGCAGACCUUCGACAGAAUCUGGAAGAAACCAUGUCCAGCUUACGGGGGACGCAGAUCACGCACAGCGCUCUAGAAACGUUUGAUAGUGGCAUCACCACGGAAAUGAACACUCGUGGUUUUCGGUCAUCUCGUGCUGCGCCACUCUCCUGGACCAAUCGGAUUGGCCCGUCCAGCCCACGGCUGCAGGCAGGCGACGCCCCCUCACCAGGAAAUGGAUAUCCGGCACAUGGAGGCACUGGCGGGCCUGCCCUGGGUCACACACGCUAUCUUUACUCCACCCCUCUGCGCAGGCAGCUAGCAGCACGCAGCAGCGCCAUCUGUGGGCUUGAGCUGGGAGAGCGGGGUGGAGAGGAACUCGAGCUUGACGUCAGUGGCUAUGUGAGCGACGGCGAUGUGCUGGCCAAGAAUGCACAUGCUGAUGAACUCAGCAGUGGUUACCUGACCGAUGGUGGAUUGAGUUUGUAUACUCGUCGUAUGAACCGUUUCCCAGAUGGACUGGCGUUGAUGCGAGAAACUUUGCAGAAGCAUGUAUCAACAGGUCAAGGAGACGCAGACAGUUGGGAUGACAGCAGUUCUGUCAGCAGUGGGAUUAGUGAUACAAUCGACACUGAUGACAUCAACACUAGCUCCUCUAUCAGUUCGUACACACACACAUCUGCUGCACACAGAGGCCUGAACACCCAGCCACAGACUGAUGCUGAGAAACAUUCAGCAGCUGAGCAAAACUCAAGCUGGUCUUGUGAUGAAGUCAGGAAAUCAGACGGAGGUUCGGACAGCGGCAUGAAAAUGGAGUCCGGCUCAAAAUGGCGGCAAAACCCUUCUGAUGUAUCAGAUGAGUCGGAUAAGGGAGGCUCUGGGAAGAGGGGUGGUGCCGUCUCUCAGACCGGUUCAUGGAGGCGGGGCAUGAGUGCACAGGUUGGCGUGACUACACCACGCACGAAAAACACAACAGUUACCUCAGGACCAGGCAUGAUGAAAACACAUGGCACCGCUAAAACAGAUGACGCUAAAGUGUCAGAGAAAGGUCGCAUUUCUCCCCACGCUAACAACGUCCAGAGCUGUGACUCUGCCCCCUCCCGUGUUUCCUUCGGCUUUAAGAAACCCACCUCUGGGUCCAUAGCUGGCCCUACUGCCAUGGCAACGACCUCCAGCAGUGCCAUGGUGUCAGCUAGCAGAGUCACGGUCAUCAGUGGCUCAGCCACACUGGGGAAAAUCCCUAAAUCCACAGCCCUGAUGGUGGGUGGAGUCAGAUCUGGUUUGAAAGGUUCAGCACCAGAGUGUGCCACAGUGACUCAGGAGGAUGGCGUCCUAGCAACUAGUGUCAGGUCGACGCUGCAGUAUCGUAGUCUGCCACGACCUUCACGCUCCACCCACAACCGCUCAUCGACCAGCAGCAUUGAAUCAGCAUUGAAUCAGGGCAGCCGAGGCCCUGCCAUCAAUGUUAGUGUCUCGGUAAAUAAGACACGAGAGUCCAUCCCCAACGCGAAAACCAAUCAGACGGACAAGGAAAAGGGCGGAGUCUCAGAGGCGGACAACUUGAGAGCACACGUGGUUGGCUCAAGUUCAACAAUUCCGCAGACAACGAGACAAGGAAGCAAAUAUACGGAGGGCUCAUCACCUACUUUGCGCAGACUUUUUGGAGGUAAAGCUGCUAAACAGGCCACUGCCACAGAGAACCUGAAGAACUCAGUGGUCAUUUCAAACCCUCAUGCCACAUUGGGACACCACUCUGUGCCCUCUGCUGGGCUUCUAGACUCACCCUCAGCAGGCAGUAGUGGGGGUGCAGGGGGCAGUGAGCAAGCGUCCAGCCCUGGCUCAGGCUACUCGGGGGGUACAGGCACAUGGGGCCACCCCUCUGUCAGCAGCAUGCACACCAGCACUGAAUCCAUUGAUAUGUCAGUCAGCAGCGGGCAUCACCGUGACAACAGCCACCAGCCAAUCACUCGCACUGGAAGCGCCAAGACGGACAGUCCUUUCUCUUCACCCUCUGCUAGUCCCAAAUUCAGCCGCAACACCUUGCCUCGGAAACAGGACAGGUACACCCCCUCACCACAGCUCCGCCCAGAGGAGGCACGUGAUUGGCUGCGUUCACAUUCCAUCAGUGGCUUGCAGGACUCGGCCAGUAACUCACCAUUUUCUACUGGCUCCAGCGUGACCUCGCCAUCUGGGACGCGUUUCAAUUUCGGACAGCUUGCCAGUCCCACCACAGCAGCUCAGAUAAACCUUGUGAGUCUGCGCAACAGCAGUCUGACCAAUCAGGACGCAGUGCUGGAUGUGUGCAAUGAGGGCCGCCUGAGAAACUCCUGCGUCUCACUGGAUGAGAAAAGCCGCAUCAUGAGUCGCUCGGCCUCUUUCAGAGACGGAUUUGAAGAAGUACAUGGUUCGUCUCUUUCUCUGGUCUCAAGUACAUCUUCCAUCUACUCCACGAAUGAAGAAAAGUCACAGUCAGAGAUUCGGAAGUUGCGCAGAGAGCUGGAUGCCUCGCAGGAGAAAGUGUCCGCACUGACAACACAGCUGAGUGCUAAUGCCCACCUGGUAGCAGCAUUUGAGCAAAGUCUGGCCAACAUGACUAUCAGACUGAAGAGUCUCACUAUGACAGCAGACCAGAAGGACUCUGAGCUGAAUGAGUUGAGAAAGACCAUUGAGUUACUAAAGAAGCAGAACGCUGUGGCUCAGGCUGCCAUUAACGGGGUCAUUAACACUCCAGAACUCACCUGUAAACCUGAACGUACAGGUUCUGUGGGCUCAGUUUCAGUACAGGCAGAGUUGUGUAUGCGCAGACAGCACUCAUCAGACAGUGUGUCCAGCAUCACCAGCCACUCCAGCAUGGAGAACACAGACAACAGUGGCAAGAAGAAAAGGAAAAACUGGUUGCGCAGCUCCUUUAAACAGGCAUUCACCAAAAAGAAGUCGCCAAAAUCCGCCUCGUCCCAUUCAGACAUCGAGGAAAUGAACGACUCGCUCCCUUCAUCUCCUAAACUCCCUCAUAAUGGAUCCAGCAGCUCCACACCCGUGCUCAGGAACUCUAACUCACUCUUGCCGGAGGGUUUAGAUGGAGAGGCGGAGACUGUAAUGCAGCUACGGAGUGAGUUGAGAGAGAAAGAAAUGAAGUUGACGGACAUCCGGUUAGAGGCGCUUAGCUCCGCCCAUCAGCUUGACCAAUUACGAGAGGCUAUGAAUCGGAUGCAGGCUGAGAUUGAGAAGCUGAAAGCAGAAAACGACCGUUUAAAGAUGGAGAACCAGGCAAACGGCGGCCGAGCGUUGAUCACCCCAAGUUCCAUCACAACUCCAUCAGCUGAACUCGCACAACAAAACCUCCAUGAGUCCACGAGCUUUGACAUACUGCUGGAUGAUGCUGGAGGAGAUGGCAGUUUCCAUAAAGAUGGCCAACAUGUAAAGAUUGUCGUCAGUUUACAGGGGGACGACGCUCCCUGGAAAGAGGAUUGCAGACCACGGGACUUCCUGAUCGGCUGUAUUGGAGUCAGUGGGAAAACCAAAUGGGACGUUUUGGAUGGAGUAGUGAAACGCCUAUUUAAAGAAUACAUCAGGUAUGUAGAUCCAGUCAGUCAGCUGGGACUGAGCUCUGACAGCGUGGAGGCGUAUCAUAUUGGGGACGUCAUCAGGCCCGGUAGAGCAGAAACUCCAGAACUACUUCCCUGUGGAUACUUAGUGGGGGAAAACAACACAAUAAACAUUUCACUUAAAGGUGUGAACUCCCAGUCGACAGACGCACUUGUGUUUGAGAUGUUAAUCCCGAAGCCUGUGUUGCAGCGCUAUGUGUCACUGCUGCACGAACAUCGCCGUCUUAUUCUGUCUGGUCCAAGUGGUACAGGGAAAACAUACCUGGCCCAGCGUCUCGCCGAACACCUGACUCUGCUUGAGGGACGCACUGAUGCACACACUGCCAUUGCCACCUUCAACGUGGACCACAAGUCUAGCAAGGAGCUGAGACAGUAUUUGUUGACUGUUGUAGAACAGUGUAGUGCGGAUCAACAUGAAGCUCCUUUAGUCAUCAUCCUGGACAACUUGCAUCACAUCAGCUCACUGGGGGAGAUAUUCAAUGGCCUGCUUAACCAAACACGCCAACACUGCCCAUAUAUCAUUGGGACCAUGAGUCAGACAACAUCUUCAUCUCCGAAUUUGCAGCUUCAUCAUAACUUCAGGUGGGUUUUGUGUGCAAAUCACACAGAACCAGUGAAGGGCUUUCUGGGCCGUUUUCUGAGGAGGAAGCUUAUUGAGACAGAAAUCAGUAGCCGGAUGCGUAAUCCAGAGCUGGUGAAGAUCAUUGAGUGGAUUCCUCGUGUUUGGCAUCAUCUCAACUGCUUCCUAGAGGCUCACAGCUCCUCAGAUGUCACUAUCGGACCACGUCUGUUCCUCUCCUGUCCGAUGGAUGUGGACGGGUCACGCAUUUGGUUUACCGAUCUGUGGAAUUACAGCAUCAUCCCAUACAUGCUGGAAGCUGUCAGAGAGGGUUUACAGCUAUACGGACGCAGAGCUGCAUGGGAUGAUCCUGCUCGUUGGGUGAUGGACACGUUUCCAUGGCGGUCAAACUCCCAGCAUCCUGAUUGGCCUGCUCUGCUAAAACUCCGCCCAGAGGAUGUGGGUUUGGAUGGAGGCUCCACUUCUAAAGAGGGAGCUACCAAACAGAACACCCAGAGCGACAGUGAUGCUGAUCCACUGAUGAAUAUGCUGAUGCGUCUGAAGGAGGCAGCGAACUGCUCCGGCACUCAGAGUUACGACAGUGACUCUAACAGUAAUGGUCACCAUGACGACAUCCUUGACUCAUCACUGGAGUCAACACUCUGAUGCUUCAUUUUACUUACGAGCUUCCUGUGAAUGUUUCCUCAUGCCCAGGCAGCACCGAUUAAGCUGCUGCUUUUAUUUUUGUCCUACGUGGGAACUUUUUUUUAAAGAAAAUAAAAAUAACUGCACUACUCACAAUUCAACUUGCUGUGUGUCAAGUUACAAAAUUAGAUGACAAUUUUAAUUAAAAAAAAAAAGAAGACGAAGAAGAAGACAGAAACUGCACUACUUAGAGUUCAUCUUCAAGCCACCUGCUGUGAUGGAUGUAUUAAAGAAUAGCACGUCAUCAGACAGCAGAAUCCUUACCUCACUAUCGUCCACCUAUAAUGUCGAGUAAUAAUAACAACAAUAGUAAGUCUUAAAGUCUUAGCUUUGUUAAAUAUCUUCAUAUUCUAGUUUUGCGAAUCCCUCACGAAGCUUUUUUGAGAAACAUCAAAACUCUAACCCUCUCUAUCUCUUCUCUCAUCCUGCGUACUGAUGACAAAAUGGUGCUCUGAAUGAUUCUGUGCUCUUCGCUACUGUGAAUGUGUGGACACACCUGACGGAGGCUCACGAACUUUCUGAUGCUGGUCAUCAAUUUAUAACUUAGUCAAAGGAUUGAUGCUUUCUGGGAGACUUUCCGGAGGACACCGUGAUGUGAAUUUGUGUACUUUAAUUUCCUGUUCUGUAAUAAUUCGUUUGCAUGAUCAGUAACGGUACCUCACCAGCAUGGAGUGUUUACUUUUUUGAAAAGUGAGACAUGUCUAGCAGAUCUGCCUUGCACUCAGUCACUGUUGAACACCCUCGUUCUCUCCAUUGUUUUCCCCUCGUUUUGGUGCUGAAGAACCCAGUGCCUUACCACGUUUUGCAAUGAGAACCUGAGAGGCGCUGUGUUCUUAUCCUGAACUUUUCACUUCCUCUGGACUAAAAGGGCUUCAUGCUGCACACCUGAGUGGCUUUAUCAUUUGAAUAGUGCUUAAAAUCAUCAUAUUACGUACUAAACACAGAUGAGGGAUGAAAAUAUUUGGCACAAAACUCUGAGAAUUUGUUGGGUGCUUUGAAAGAAGCUGCACAAUGUUGAGUAAAAAAGCGUGCACAUACGAGCGUGUUUAUACCUCAUCAGUUGUCCAGAACUUUACUUUGGCCUUAAUUCCCAUGCAACACCACUGUGACGGGGAAUGACUAAGAGUCCUUAUCGUGGAAUCACAAAUGUCCACUGGUUUUCUAAAAUAAAAGAGCUUAAUAUAGUUUGUAAACAUUGUUAAAGUUUCAAAAUGUACUCCUUGUCUACCCAGUCCGUAAGGUCUAUUUAUGGAAACUAAGCUGCAAAAAUAGCCCAUUUUACAUUCCAUGUUUCUUCAAUGUCAAAGUUCAUUUAAGUAUUCACUUUACAGCAGGUUAGCCCCGCCCAUUUAUGUUAUAGCAGGUUAGCCCCACCCAUUCUAUUUACAUGAAAUUAGCCCCACCCAUUCACUUUACAGUAGGUUAGCCCCACCCAUCCACUUUACAGAAGGUUAGCUCUACCCAUUCAUGUUAUAGCAGGUUAGCCCCACCCAUUCUUUUUAUAUCAAAUUAGCCCCACCCACCCACCCACUUUACAGCAGGUUAGCUCUACCCAUUCAUGUUAUAGCAGGUUAGCCCUGCCCAUUCUCUUUAUAUCAAAUUAGCCCCACCCAUUCACUUUACAGCAGGUUAGCCCUGCCCGUUCUCUUUAUAUCAAAUUAGCCCCACCCAUUCAUGUUAUAGCAGGUUAGCCCUGCCCAUUCUCUUUAUAUCAAAUUAGCCCCACCCAUCCACUUUACAGCAGGUUAGCUCUACCCAUUCAUGUUACAGCAGGUUAGCCACGCCCAUUCUCUUUAUAUCAAAUUAGCCCCACCCAUCCACUUUACAGCAGGUUAGCCCCACCCAUUCUCUUUAUAUCAAAUUAGUCCCACCCAUCCACUUUACAGCAGGUUAGCUCUACCCAUUCAUGCUACAGCAGGUUAGCCACGCCCAUUCUCUUUAUAUCAAAUUAGCCCCACCCAUCUACUUUACAGCAGGUUAGCUCUACCCAUUCAUGUUAUAGCAGGUUAGCCCCACCCAUUCUUUUUAUAUCAAAUUAGCCCCACUCAUUCACUUUACAGCAGGUUAGCCCCACCCAUUCAUGUUAUAGCAGGUUAGCCCUGCCCAUUCUCUUUAUAUCAAAUUAGCCCCACCCAUUCACUUUACAGCAGGUUAGCCCUGCGCAUUCUCUUUAUAUCAAAUUAGCCCCACCCAUUCAUGUUACAGCAGGUUAGCCCCACCCAUUCUCUUUAUAUCAAAUUAGCCCCACCCAUCCACUUUACAGCAGGUUAGCUCUACCCAUUCAUGUUACAGCAGGUUAGCCACGCCCAUUCUCUUUAUAUCAAAUUAGCCCCACCCAUCCACUUUACAGCAGGUUAACCCUGCCCAUUCUUUUUAUAUCAAAUUAGCCCCACCCAUUCACUUUACAACAGGUUAGCCCCACCCAUCCUCUUUAUUUCAAGUUAGCUCCACCUAUUCAUGUUACAACCUGUUAGCCCCACCCACUUUACAGCAAGUUUACCCUGCCUGCUUACUUAUUUAUAGCAAGUUGUAGCAGGUUAGCACCGCCCAUUCACUUUAUAGCAGGGUAACCCCGCCCAGUCCCACUGAAUUCUGUCACAGUAUUUGAGUGAAUGAUGUUGAAAAGCAUGCAGGUAAACCUUGUACUUGGCUGUCAGGAAACAAACAUGUGUUCUGAACGAGGCCAAGAUGUGUCAUAAUGUUACUGCUGAAGGACAAUGCAAGUCCAAAUAUAUUGGACCCGACAGCAGAGCCGCAGUAAACCAUAAAUAGAGUUUCAUUCUAUUCUCUCAUUUAUUCAUGACUAUUCAGUACGAGCACUGACUGAGGCAGCUUUAUCUAACAAAGUAUGCACUGUACGCAAUCAGCUAGCACUAGCUAGCGAGCGUUCACCUUGCUAAUCUGUUUGCUAAUUCUACAGCUCAUCAUGUCAGAAACGGCAACAUUUUCAGUCAUCUUAAAAUCAUUUCAAGAGCUUUCGACUAGCAGAUGCCAUUAUUUAUCUCCCAUUUGUUUCUCUUCGUUCAGGUCUGAUAGAUAAUGAGAGGAAGGGGAAUCAUCGUGUGAAUUAUGACUUUUUGUACAGAAAACUACGCAAAUAUUAUAAGUGGACUUCAGGGAAAAGAGCAAAUACAAAAACAAUGUAGGAUACGGGACCUUAAUGCUAAUUAACACCAUAUCAGACGACUCUUCCGCUGCUUUUAUAGACUUUUAGGAAGAGCGAGUAAAUAAAUCAACAGAACAAACAAGUGUUAACUGGGUGAGCACUUGAUAUCAGGAAUUAAUUGUGAUUUUUUUUUCUUUUUAAUUCCUCAUGAAUUUCAUACGUGUUGUUGGUUUUGUGCAGUUUUUUGUUAAGUGACGCUUACAUUCAGCAUCUUGAUCCUAUGCAACAUCAUUCAGAUUUGAAAUAGAAGCCAAAUAUGGUAUCAGCACUGCCGUGUGUGUGUGUGUGUGUGUGUGUGUGUGUGUGUGUGUGUGUGUAUUUAUAUAAAUACGGAUUGUACAGUGUAUAUAUAUUUUGUGAAUAAUUCUCAGAUUAUGAUGUGCCUACAUUUUAUAAAGCUGGAUGUAAGUCAGUUCAAGCACAGAUUUGGGAUGUGGUUUAACUUUAUUCUCUUUACUGAAUGUUUUUGUUGUGCACAUGAUUUAAAUACACAACAUUCAUUUUUGUAAAUCCUUCA